AUGUUGUUUAUGCCUGCGGAAUGGUUCUUUAAGCUAUCCAUAGCAAAGGAUAGGGUUAGGUUCUUGCGCCUCUACAGUGGAGCCUCGUUUUUCCUAGGAUUAGGACUAACCUACGUGGCCCACAAACCAAAGUAUGAACCAUGCUCUACAAAGCCGUCAUUCUUUUACAAACUACACCUCAAGAGGCUCUUGAAACAAGACAAAAUCACACUCGAUCAGUAUGAAAGAUACCUAGACUUUAGACGUCUCUCGUAA